AUGUUAUCACGUACGAUCAGGCUCAACGCGGCCAGGAUUUGCACUCGUCAAUCGCCACCAAUCGCGGCUAGGAUCCUCGCGCAUCGCGUGCCACACAUCCACCUCCACCAGCACGUCUCGGUACCGGCAAGGUGGCAGAGCAAUUCGGCAACUGUGAAGCCAGAAGAGCAAAAUGAGUUGCUCAUCGAGUUCACAUGCAACGUAUGUGACAAGAGAUCGUCGCACCACAUGUCGAAACAGGCCUACGAGCACGGCACGGUCCUCAUCCAGUGCCCCCAAUGCAAGUCUCGACACCUCAUUGCUGACCACUUGGGCUUCAUCAGAGACGACAACUUUAGCUUGGCCGAGUACUUGAAAAGCGAGGGCCAGUCCGUCGACACCGGCGUCUUGCAGUUUGACAAGGUGCCCGAGAACUUGGCCCACAGCACGGGCCAAACGGCCAAAGAAGAGGAGCCGAAACAGCAGAAGGUGUUGGACCUUGAAGCCCCGGGCAAGGGGGAAGUGGUCAAGGACAAGUAG